CCUCCACGGGGUUUGUUUCCCUCACCAUGGCGCUGCACACGGAUCAUUCCCCUGUAUACGUGGCGUUUUAUUUUCUUAUUACAACGUUACUUAAUUGUACUUCGGCAUCUCCGGGAACAGGCAGCUCCAAUGUGUUGUCUCUGCUGCAGCCGUAUGAUUUCUUAUACUACAGUGGAGUACGAUCAUAUUUUGGUGCGGAGUGGGUGAAGGCUGCAGAGCUGCUGGAGAAAGCCAUCAUAACCAAGGAAUCACUGUCUAGAGUCCGCAGGCAGUGUCAUGAUGACUGUGUGGCAGCAGGGAGAGAUGCAUUUAAUAAACUGGACUCUGAAGGGGGGAGUAUGUGGGACCUCUGGACCUUGGAUUGGGUGCAGCAGAAGGCAGAAUGUUUGAGGUUCUGUAUUGGACGCUCCGUCACACCUGCAGGACAGCUCCCUGUUUCUACUGACAUAGAUUAUGAAUUCAGCACGCGGAACCCUUACAAUUUCCUGCAGGUCACAUACUACAAGUUGGAGAAGUUGCAGAAGGCGGCAUCAGCAGCUCAUACCUACUUUGUGGCCAACCCCAGUCACUUAGAGAUGAGGAACAACAUUGAGAAGUACAGACGGAUGGAGGGAGUGACCGAGGAGGCCUUCCAGGACAGAGAGCUGGAGAAUGAGCAACACUGGGUCCUGUAUGAUUCUGCAGUUCAGUAUGAGGCCUCAUCUGACUGGGUGCAAGCAGCAGAUAAAUGGAAAGCUUGUGUGAACAAAACACUGCAGCAGACAGACAAGUGCAGGGUGCAGUGUGAGGUGGUCCCCCAACGGCUGCCAGAGGACAGGGGGGUGGAAAGUAACGAUGGCGUGUUUGAAAAGGCUGCAGCUCUUUCCCUCUCCCUGCUCUCGUGCCGGCAGUCCUGUGUGACUCAGGUAGCCACAAGACCCGGAAGGAUUUCUGCUCAGGAGGACUUCCUGCCAACACAGCUGGAGCAUCUGCAUAUUGCACAGUUUAAAGCUGGUGAUAUAAGUGGAGCCCUGCAGACACUUCGCAGCCUUCUCUUGUUUUACCCCUCUGACAAGGACUCCUUAGACAACCUGCAGCUCUACUAUGAAACACUAGGGGGAGACACAGAGUCACAGGGCACACAGCCUGCUCAGGAGAUUGUCGGAUACAUUAGUCGUGCUUUGGAGGAGAAGAAGCUCCUGUAUUUUGGUAUGGAGAACCUUGACUUCAGUUUCACAGACCCAGAUCUUUGGACUCCAGAAAAUGUUGUACCUGAAUCACUGAGAGAUAAUUGGAGAGCUGAAAAAGAGAAAAUAAACGAUAAAAUAAAGCAAGGAGAGCAGAAGGAGGAAGUGGAUGACAGUGGCUUUUUUGCAGGUGGUCCAGUCCUCCAGGUGGGUGUGACCAUCACCAUGGACGACCAGGUUAUGAACGGGACCAAUCGGGUAGUACUCGACGGAGUCAUGACUGAGAAGGAGUGUGACAGACUACUGCAUUUAGCAACGGCUGCAGUAUCUGCUGGGGAUGGUUACCGGGGACGACGGUCUCCGCACACGCCUCACGAGACGUUUGAGGGCCUGACUGUCCUCAGGGCUGUAAAGUUGGCCCAGGAUGGUAUGGUAAACCAAUCAGAUGCCCGACUGUUACACGAGCUGGGCGAGAGAGUGAGAGUGCUGCUGCACUCCUACUUCAGGAGCCCCUCAGAACUCUUCACCUCUUUUACACACCUGGUCUGCCGCAGUGCCAUUGCAGGUGAUCAGGAGGGCAGGCUGGAUCUGUCUCAUCCUGUCCAUGUUGACAACUGUCUCCUUGAGCCAGAGACCAAUCAGUGCUGGAGGGAACCACCAGCAUUCAUACACAGAGACCUCAGUGCCAUUCUCUACCUGAAUGACAACUUUGAUGGAGGGGACUUGUUCUUCACUAACAGGGAUGCCAAGACAAUAACAGCUCGAGUAAAACCCAGCUGUGGUCGACUGGUGGGCUUCUCCUCGGGUCCAGUAAAUCCACAUGGUGUUACUGCAGUGACCAGUGGCCGGCGGUGCGCGCUGGCCCUCUGGUUCACAAAACAGAAGAUAUACAGGGACAUGGAGCGAGAGGAGGCUGAGGCCUUGUGGGCUGCAGACGGACAGAGUGUGGCGAAAAAGGACGGGGAGCAGGCGGAGGGCGGUGCCACCCCUGCCAGGAACGCUCGGAACCAAGCACCGACGGAGAGGAGCAGAGGGAGAGGCAGGGUGACGGGGGGGAAGGAUGAACUGUGAGAGCAAAAACAAACCUUACAGACUGAACCACCCAAACUGGAAUACACUUUCAUUUGCAUCCACCAUCCCAUAACAGGACCAUCACCUGACUCUUCAGAUUUUAGCCACACAGUCACUCUCUUCAUCUUGCGGCCUUUUUAUGUAAAGCUGCUUGCUGGUUUGUAUAUACUGUAUUUAUACUGUAUAUGAUAAAGAUAAGUGAGGGAAACAUGGUCUCUUACUUCCUCUAAAGACAAUCUGUACUUCUGUUUUAGACCGAUAUCACUCCCUUUACAAAUGAAGACAAUAAAAGAAAUUAUUUUAACCAA